CUUUUUUUUAACCCAACCGCCAACCGCCCUCAUUCCACUUAGCUGACUACUGUGACGCAGGAAACAGGCACUCCUUAGCUGCUGCAACCAAUCCGCUCCUCCGGCUCCACCGUUACUAAAUACACAGAAGGGGAAGAAAGAUCACACACCCCGGCCACAUUAAGUAAGUUACUAUAACAUGGAAAUCACUUAUGUUUACUCCAAGAACCGCUGCGAGUUUGGCCGUCAGUGUCAGUUUUCGGAUUCGCCUGCUGAGCUGCUGGUGGACAUCCACCCGGACCCAAGCCUGGCCCUCAACUUCAUCCAGAAGAGCCACCGGGACGUGGCCACGCAGACAGGUGUGGAGAUGUCAGAGCACGAGGUGAACACAGAACUUCAUGAGACAAGAAGCUGUGGAGUAAACCACGUGGAGGGGGGGUGGCCCAAGGACAUCGACUCUGCUGACAAGAAACAAACAAGCCUUUUCAGGAAUAAAGUGGAAAAGGACGAGAGCUAUAUCAACAGUGUUCUGCAGCUGUGCAGAGUCAUGGAGGACGCCAUCAGACUGAACAAUGCUGUGGACAUCCAUCAGGAGUAUUUCAAGGAUGAGGAGAAAGUGGAGGAAAUUCAGGAAUCACCAUCAGCCUAGAUCAUCAAUGUCUUCAGCCUGCUGGAUGCCAGCUCUUCACCUCCAUGUUCCCGACCUCAGUCCGACGCCGGUCUGCUCGCAGCUUCUUUGUUUGUUCUACUUCUCGCUCUUAGUUCAUAGUUUUAGGUCAUUUGCAUUUUGGUGUUCACCCCACAGUUUGUGUCACUCUAAUUGCUGUAAUAAACAGUUGCGUAACAUCCACA